AUGUCGAAAGAUAAAUUAUUGAACAAAGAAAAUGAAAAAAGUUUAUCAUCAUUUAGUAAACGUCUUCAAUCAUUAAGUGAUUCAUUUUAUUCGACAAUUCUCGAAGAUUCCAACAAUAAGAAAAUGCAAAUAAAAAAUGCAAAACAAUUAGAAGAUUUUCAAACAUCUCAAUAUGAAGAUUUUACAUUUGAUCAAUGUUCAACUAGUCAAUUAACAUCACAUGAUGAUUUCAGUUUUACUUUUCAUUCAAAUGAUCAAGCAAAAUCCGAAAAAUCUAAAAACUAUCAAAAACGACAAAACAAUCAUUCAUCAACUCCAUAUUCAAUUCGUCAAGAAAAUUCUCUUAAGAAGCACCAAGAUGAAACCAUUGUUGUUGAAGAAAAUCGUCAACAGCAAGCUAUUAUUGUUGGCUAUUAUCCAGUUAUUAGUUAUCAACCAAUUUGUUUUCCACCAACGAUUUAUUUAUCAGAACAACAGAUUGAAAGACAAUUAAAUAAAAAAUAG